GGCUCCUGUGUGGACUGCCAAGCUCUGAACACUAGCACAUGUCCCCCCAACAGCGUGAAGCUGGACAUUUUCCCCAAGGAGUGUGUCUACACCCAUGACCCUACUGGGCUCAAUGUGCUGAGGAAGGGCUGUGCCCACUACUGCAACCAGACAAUCAUGAAACCUGGCUGCUGUAAAGGGUUUUUUGGGCCUGACUGUACACAGUGUCCUGGGGGCUUCUCCAACCCCUGCUAUGGCAAAGGCAAC